AGUUACAAUGAACUGCAACAAAUGCAUAGUUAUAAAACAUAACAUGUAAUUAUAAAAGUUCAAUUUAAGAAAAAAUCGCAAGUUCUGGAAACUUAAUGUUUGAAAAUGUCGCGAUUAAUCGAAAAUCGAUCUUUUAACACAUUCAUCACCACUACGAUUUUCAUGAUGUCUUCUCGGAUGCCGUCUACAUUUUACGGUUGACUCGCUAGGCGAGUCGCCGGCACUGCAAUAUAAAUUGAAUCGACUCGCCACGCGAGUUCACUGGCACUAAGUAAGGGUAAAUUCUAUGUUUUGUAAUUUUUGUGGCCGUCACAGUGUACUUAACGUGUUUAACGCAAUUAAAAAGUGUUUCAGGACUAUUCGGCUUGUAAAAAUGGCAAAAAACUCUUUGGAUAAAAUAAAAGGUAGUUUGUUUCGUAAUUUAAGCAGUGGUUGUCAAUCUUUUAAAUUGUGGUUAUUGUUAAGGUUAUAUUUUGAAUUUCUAAUACUUGUGAAUAGACAAUUUUACCAUGAAAUAAUUUAAUAUAUAUCCUUAAUCCUAACUUAUGUUAAAUUCCGACAAAAUCAAAUAAAUAAUUAGGAGUGCAUAAAAGUGAAGAAGUGUUCACUAACUCUCAACACUAGUCCUACUAAAUUCCCAUGCAGCUGUGUGAGUAAAAGCCUUAUUAUUGAAGUGUUAUAAUUUUUUUUGCAUAUUAAUAAAUAGUUCAAACGAGAAAAAAACGCUUAAUCAUUGCGUCAUUGAAUAAAACAGGGAUAACAUAAAUGAAUAUUGUAUGCACAGGACGAGAGAUCAAGUGAUAUAAGACGAAAAGACCUUUUGUAUAAGAAGCGUCAAUCAACGACCAGUUGCUUGACCUCUAAGCAAAUAGUAACGAAACAUUGGAGCUUGCAAUAAAUACGUAAUACCUGAUUGUUUAUAUUGCUCUGGUACAUUGUUUUAACGUCGCUUUAUGAUUUCUCGCUCGCCACCGCAGUCUACUUCGCAGCCGCAGAACAUUGUUGCUACUAGCGCGACCGACACCUACGUCUCGACGGCGGCCAUCAACUUUACAUCGCAAACACUGCCAUUCAGACCCAAAUAUUUAUUCCGAUUCCGAUGGCCAGCCGAACAGCUUACCGUACCAAAAGGAAGCGUGAGGAUGAAUUCGAUACAUUUAAAAUUGAUGUUAAUAGAAUGUUUAAGGAACUUAUUCGAGAACAACAACAACAACAACACGCACGCACGCCCACACACAUUCUUUAUCUACUUUUGAUUGGAAAUAAACGAUUAUUAUUAUAAUACGGGCUUUCAGUUUUAAGAAUAUGGUAUGUAUUAUUUUUAUUGUGAAUAUUAGUUCCAUAUCACAAGUAUGUAGGUAGUCCAUGCUACUAUGUUGACGUCGUUAUCUAACAUGUAAAUGGUUGAGGAUCUAUGUCAGGGAACUCGCCUAGCGAGUUCAAGGCAUUGCAGAAUAGUUUGUUUCCUUUCAAAUUUAAACGGAGUCUCCACACCCGGCCCACCAUGUAAAUCUUUAGUUUAGCAUAUAUUUAGUCUAAACUAUAAUUUUAAGCAGAAAAUACGGAUGCAUUUUGGAAAUAUUAGUGAAAAACACUGAACUCGCCAGACGAGUCGUCGGCACUGGAAUAAGAUUUACGUGAACUCUCCGGGCGAGUCGGUGGUACUGAAUGUGUUAAUGCUCGAUUUAAACGAUAAUCGAUUCAAGUAUGUUCGAUUUGAAUUGAUUCGUAGAUCGGUUUUUUUAACCGUGAAUCGUCAUGCAUACACUCCACUAAUCACCACUAACACCUCGACACUCACCACUAACAUUCACACUCCACCUCAGCUUACAUAGUGCGCUCGUACCACUCGCACGAUCCUCGAACGAUUGGGUAUUUUUUAAUUUAUAUUUCCCGACCAAGCCCUUUCUGGAAAAAAAACGCUUUAAAAUUAUAAUUUCAACUAAUACGAAAAAUGUUACAUCAACGGGCAGCGAAGAAGAUUUUUAAUCAAAACCUGCGGUGCAAUUAUAUCUGAUCUAGUGGAAAUCGUUUCUUUAUAAGUCAUUGUCUUUUUGAUAUUAAAAUCUUAUUUAGGUUACAAAAUAUUAUCAUGUGAGAGUGAUUACCAGGGACAAAUAAGUCCCACGAGAAUCGCACUGCUAAUAUUGACAUUACAAUUGGGCGUGCCUUAUAUAACUGAAAAUAAUAAAAUAAUUAUUUUUUUCACGGCGACUUAUAUAACAUUCGCAUUUAAGAAACAUCAUAAGUGGAUGUACUUACCCCGGUAGUAUGGCUGUUUUUGAAUUGUUUUAUCUCCCACAGGCGUGCAGUCAGUGCUGAUAGCUUUGUUAGCCGCGAAGGCUGAAGUCCGGUACGAGCCCGACAAAGUAUCCGCGGCUGACAUCGCAGAAUCCAUCACGACGCUGGGCUUCCCUGCAGAGGUUCUCAGCGACGGUGACGAUUGUGGACAGAGGGAGCUCAUAUUGAAUAUAAAAGGCAUGACGUGUUCGUCGUGUGUGAGCAAGAUAGAAAAGACUGUACUUAAACUGAGCGGCGUCGCGAGCUGUUCGGUCGCGCUCGCCACCUCCAAAUGUAAAAUAAAAUACGACUCGGAAGUGAUCGGUCCACGAACUAUAUGCGAGGCGAUCAACAACUUAGGUUUUGAAGCCAGCGUGACCAGUUCACACAGCCGCGGCGCCAAUGGCUACCUCGAACACAAGUAAGGUGUACAUAAUAGUUUUUGAAGUAAAAACUACUUUAGAAUCGGUGUGAUUUGAAACUCAAUGAAAUUAUAAACCAACACUUAAAAGAGACAAACAGCCUGGGAGAGAAUGAGAUAGAAAACAGUAUACAGUUUUUCCUCUAUGAGGGCUGCUUAAAGAUAGUUAAUAUAACUUUUAACUAUUAAAACAAAGAGUUG